AUGAGCAAUUUAGAUGAAAUACAAAAAGCUUGUAGACUUGGCGAUGUAGAGCUGCUGAAGAAGUCUCUAAUACAGUCACCUGAACUUAUAAAUGAGCUUGACCCAAAAUUAGGUUGGGCACCUUUAUAUCGAACAGUUAUAUGUGGCCAUUUCGAAGCAUCAGAAUUUUUAUUGAAUAAAGGAGCAAAUCCAAACAUUCAAAAUCGGCUAGGUGAGGCUCCUCUGCAUCAAGCCGCUGACAGCAACCAAUUGAAAAUCGCUCAAUUUUUGCUUAAAUUCAAAGCUGAUCCAAAUAUUCAGCAAAAUGAUGGUGACACUCCACUUCAUCAUUGCUGUGUCAAAGGACACUUAAAAAUGGCUCAGCUCCUAUUAAAGCACAAGGCAAAUCCUAACAUUCAAAACAUUUCCUUUGGAAAAACACCCUUACAUUAUGCAGCUGAAAAUAAUUUUCUUCCUAUAGUGCAGGCAUUAAUUUCUUAUAAUGCAAAUAAAGAUAUUAAAGAUAGAAAUGAAAAAAAGCCUAUUCAAUAUGCUCAAAAUUUAGAAAUAAUUCAGGCCCUUAGUGAGGAAAUAGAAGUUAUUGAUAAAAAUGAAAUUUUCAGCGAAGAUAUUCCUCCUGUUAAGUUUUUAGUCCCAGAAGUCCCAGCUGCAGAAUGCAGAGAAGCAAUAGCGGAAAGCACUGAAGAACUGGUCGAAUUUUCAUCAGAAAAUUGUGGAAAGCAGCUGGAAAGUGAAGUCAUUUUGUCGGUGAAAUCGGAAUCCUUGUUGGAGCCUGAAAGUGAAAGAGUAAGUUUGCAAAGCAAUUUUAUGGUGACAGAUAGGAAUUUUUCGUUUGGGGGAGAUUUCGGUCAAUACUUUUGAGUCUACCUGACUCUUCUGGUAUUCUGGAUCUAUCUGCAGAAUCUAUCUGACAGUCCGGCUCUAACCAGAUUUGAAUAAAAAUAUGCUUUAUAAGUGGCUGGUAAGCAAUAGACUUGAACCACUUUUUCAAGCUUUUUUGCAUAAUGGAUAUGAGGACUUGGAUUUUAUUAGGCAAAUUAUGAGGUCAGCUGAGCCUUUAACUCUUAAGCAUUUAGAAAUGAUGGGAAUAAAAAAACCUGGCCAUAGGGUAAGAAUCCUAGCUUUAUUAGAAGACGAAAUUUUACGGAUGAGAAAAUCAUUAGCAGAGCCUAGCAAUUUUAAUUGCUGUGCAGCUCCAAUAGGAUCACAAGUUAUUUCCAGCACCUAUCAUGGUAAAAAUCUUGAAAAUUGGCUAGAGGAAUUAAUAAAUAAAAUAUGGCGUCUUCGUCUGGGCAUGGCCUCCGGCCAUGCAUACUCGACUUAUAUUUUAUUUAUAUCCGGCAAGGUUUUUACCAAUCAAGAAAUGGACGGCAAUGCUAGGUAAGCAAUUCUGGUAAUGUACAGAGCCUACCCCUUAGUCUGAUUUCGAGGUUGGGUUUUACCUCAAGGGAAAGGAGGGUUUGGAUUUUGGAAAGGGUAAGCCAGCAAGGUCUGCAGAUAAUACCCAGAUCAAUCGGGCAACUGCCUAGCGUGAAACCGGGCGUUACGUCCGGGAUCCAAAUUUUUCCUUUUGCCGAAAGGUCGAACAGAAAUUCCAUUUUUUGGGAUUUUUGUGUGGCCAACCUUGUGACACAAGCAGCAGCCGCAGAAGUCCAUAGUCCGCCCACUCAACACUGGACCGAAAGGGAGGAGGAGACGUCCAAGCAGAGUCUCACUUCAGAAGUGCCCUGGCAUCAGGCGCUGAAGGAGAAGAAAGGUAGUGUCAGAGCUGAACACUUGCCCAGCGAAUCAUUGCCCCAAUUCGAGCAAGGCGAAGCUGAAGACGGCGCAAAGCGGAUGAACUGCCCGUACGGGAGAGUCCUUGGUGACUGCGUAACCAAUAAGGCAGACGCCAACCUUUAAGUUUAAGUUAAGUUUAAGGCUAGAGGAAUUAAGUUUGGGAUUUCUAAUUAGAAAUUUCAGAGACUCUGGAUAUGAUGAUUUGGAUCAUAUAUGGAUGCUUAUGAAUUCAAAUUACCCAAUCACUGAAGAUGUGCUGAAAAAUGAUAUAAAAAUUGAUAAACUAGGAUAUAGGCAUAGAAUCUUAGCAAAACUAAAAGAAGAAGUAAAUUUGAAAAGGAGAAGACCAGUUGCUCAAUGUGGACUAAAGAUUGAAAAAGAAACUCAAUCACUUGCAUGCGAAAUGUGUAGAAUAAUAUAA